AUGGAGGAUUGGUACGGCGAGGGGGGAUUGACGGCGAAGCAUGCGGCGGACGAUGCGAUUUGCCUCUGGAUCGCGGGGACGCGCACGGCGGAGUCUAUGUGCGAGCACCCUCUCUUCCUCAACAUGCUGCGCGCCGUUAACGUCGCCGGACACGGCUACGUCCCCCCCAGGCGUCAUUACGUUGGAGGUGCGGGGCUGCUGGCGUGCAAGCAGCAGAUUGAGAAGGGGUUGGCGCCGAUUACGAAGACUUGGGCAGAGACUGGCGUGACGAUCGCCAGCGACAUGAUGCGGGACAAGAGCGGGCGCGCGCAGAUGAACGUCGUCUGCAUCAACGCCGAAGGCGCGGUUUUCCAGGAGGCGGUCGAUUGUAAGGCGGAGACAAAGACUGGGGCAUUCAUCGUCAGUGAUUUGCACGGACGGCGGCACGUCGUCGCGAUUUGCACGGACGGCGGCAGCAACUACGUGUCCGCCGGCAAGCAGCUGCAGAAGCAGUACCCGCACAUCGAGAUCGUCCCCUGCGCUACUCAUGUGCUCGACCUGCUGUUGGAGGACUUUGGCAGCAUGGAUUGGGCGCAGGAGGUCGUGCCAAAAGCUACCAACAUGAUCUCGUUCCUGCGCAGCCACACGUGGACGCGUGCCUUCCUGCGGUGUCCCGAGCUGCACGGCGAGGAGAAGUCGCUGCAACCGCUGCGACCGGCGGGCACGCGCUUUGGGACACAGUACAUUGCGGUUUCACGUCUGCGUGAGAUUCGGCCGCAGCUGACUAAGAUGGUGACGCAUAAGGAUUGGGAGGAGAAGGGGAGGAAGCAGCAGACUGGCAAAACCUUUGAGGCGGCGGUGUUGGAUGUGGAGUGGUGGGGGAAGGUGGACACCUUCUGCAAGGUGAUGGAGCUGCCGUACAAGGUGAUGAGGAAGACGGAUGGCCCGGCGAAGGGGAUGAUGGGGGCGUUGUACGACAUGAUGCUGCAGCUGACGGUGGACUUGGGGAAGCUGCUGGAGAGUGCGGAUUGCACGCUGAGCGAGGCGGAUAAGGAGGGGCUGCAGGACCAUCUGAGGCGGCGUUGGGAUGAGAGUUUGGCUUGCCCUCUUCACGUGGUAGGCCGGAUUCUGAACCCGGCCAACCAAGAGGAGGGGAUCUAUCUCAAGGACAUCGAGUGCACCAGGGUGAUGAAGGCCUGGCUGUCACGCUCGCGGGCCUUCGUCGACAAGUACUGGAAGCAGGACGGCGAGACGAAGGGAACGAUGAAGGGGUUGUAG